CAAAGGACGAGCCGAGCCAAAACAUCCGGGGAAGGAACUCCACCUAAACAAGCCGGGUUAAAACCCGAUCUAGCCCGUUAAACCCUCAGUUCUCAGCACGUUUCUGAGACGCCUGGCGCUUUUUGAGAGAGUAAUCUGAGCACAGAUGGCUGAGGGCGGGGGCGCUGUGGAGGGGGAUGUUGAUGAUGAGCCGCCCAACAUGAACUACCCGCUGGUCACUGUCUCCAACUUAGCCAGCAGCUCUGUGGCAGGUCGUAAUCUGAAGGAAUGGCUGCAGGAGCAGUUCUGUGACAAGCCCCUGGAGCAGUGUGAGGACAUGCGCCUGCACAACGCUGCUUAUGUGGGAGAUCUGGACACUAUCAAGAGCCUCCUGCAGGAAGACAGCUUCAAGCAGCGGAUCAAUGAGAAAUCAGUGUGGUGCUGUGGCUGGUUACCCUGCACCCCUCUACGCAUUGCGGCCACUGCUGGACACGGGGACUGUGUGGACUUCCUCAUUGGACAGGGGGCUGAGGUGGACCUGGUGGACGUCAAGGGUCAGACUGCUCUGUAUGUGGCCGUAGUAAAUGGCCACCUGGACUGUGUCCGGAUCCUGUUGGAGGCAGGUGCUGACCCAAAUGGUAGCAGGCACCAUCGCAGCACACCCUUAUACCAUGCUGCACGGGUGGGCAGGGUGGACAUUCUGCAAGAGCUGAUCAGGUUCAAUGCUGAUGUGGAUGUUGACCACCAGCUGGGGCCGAGGCCUCUCUUUAGUGCCCGUAUUCUUUCCACACUGGUGGUGUGUCCCCUAUACAUCAGCGCUGCCUACCACCACCUGCACUGUUUCCGGCUGCUCCUGGAGGCUGGUGCCAAUCCCAACUACAACUACACUGGCCCUGUGAGCCGUGAGGCGCUGACCCGAGGCCUGGCUUCAUGCCUGUUGGAUGCUGUGCUUAGGCAUGGCUGUGAGCCGGCUUUUGUUAGGCUGUUGCUAGAGCAUGGGGCAGACCCCCAGCUUGUGCCCUGGGAUGAGCCUGACCCGGACACAAUGGGAAGGGUGAGGGUCAACACUGAGGCCUUACGCAUCUACCAGGAGGCCAGGAGAUGUCCGAGGAGGCUGACUCACCUGUGUCGCAUAACCAUUCGACAGGCCAUGGAAAAGAAUCGGCUGCGGUACAUCUCCAGCCUCCCUCUGCCUGAUGCCAUCAAGAAUUUUCUGCUCCACAGAGACUUCUGUGGGCCUGCUGUGUCUGCCAUACUAGCUCUUGAAUAAGGUGCGAACGGUUACCUACCCUGCAUAUGUUUCACAAACAGAGUAAGCCCUAAGCCCUUAAUACAAUCUUUAUUUUCAUGGGACUCGUGGAAUGGUAGGUAAUAAUGAUGGGCAGCCAUCCAGUGAUCCUUGAGCUCUGCUUGAGUGAGUUUUACUGCUGCUGCAUUUGUUUUAUGCUUUUUGAACCACUUCUCAUACAGGCCAAGGCAAGUGAUCAUGGGAAGUGAUCAGCAUUUCCUUGAAAGGCACAUACUACCACUUUCAAAGCAUGUCGUUCUGUGAGCAUGUUGGUAAAUAUCAGAGAUCCAGUCUUUCUUUACACAAGUGUACUUGCUGUGAUAUAUUCUAUUGUGAUGUACUCAGUACCCUAUGGAUUCAUGUUGACUCUUCACAAUCAUUUAGACUGUGAUCAAUCCAAGUAAUCUUAUGAAUUGUAAUUUAUAUUUAAAAACAAAUUUUAUAUUUUUGGUUACAGUCACUGUGGUGCAAAACAAUGUUCAUCACAGCUUAAUUUAUGUUCUGUAUUUAUAUUAUGCUAGACUUUUUUUAAACAUUGCCUUUGCCUUAAACUAAUAUGCCUGUAAUAAACAGUGUUACCCUCUC